AUGCGAUCAUUGCAUGAUCAAGAGUUUGCAGAAUUUCUUAUUCGCAUUGGUGAUGGUGUUGAACCUACCAAACCAGGUGACAUGGUGAGGUUACCUUUACAUAUUGCAAUCCCAUGGGAAGGUGAACAUUCCAUACAAGUACUUAUCCAACAUAUUUUUCCUAAUUUAGAAUUGCAUGGUUGGGAUGCCCCAUAUAUGGUACAAAGAGCUAUUUUGACACCAAUAAAUGAUGAUGUCCAGAAAUUGAAUGAUAUGAUUAUCGAUCAGUUUCCAGGAGAAGAACAUAAUUUGUUAUCGUUUGAUAAGGUUGAAGGAGAUAAUCAUAAUUUAUACCAGCAAGAAUUCUUAAACUCAAUCGCACAAGGUAGUUUGCCACCACAUAUUCUAAAGAUAAAAAAGGGUGCACCAUUGAUGUUGUUACAAAAUCUAGAUUCUAGAUAUGGAUUGUGUAAUAGGACCCGGUUAUUAUGUCCUGGUUUAUUUAUGAAUAUGUUGGAUGUGGAAAUCUUGACAGGAAGCAACACAGGUGUAGCGGGGUCUGCUGUUGAGAACGGUGUUGUUGUUGUUGAUAUUGUUGAUGUUGCUGUUGCUGAUUAUUAUUAUGUUGAUAGUGCUGGUUUUCUCUGA